AUGAAGAAUAAAAAUUUUAAUCAGCUAUUCCACCCGUCAGCCGACUUUGAGAUCCGUAGAUUGCUAGUGGUGGUAGGAGAACAGCAGCAGCAACAGCAAAACCUUAAGCUUUAUAAGCACUGCUGCCAACUCCUGAAACUUGCUAAGACACCAGCACUGAAAUUUAAGAAGUUCUCUUUGCUGGGGUGGAGUGAUGGUGGAAUUACAGCACUCAUUGCAGCUGCAAAGUAUCCAACUCUUAUCCACAAGUUGGUUGUCUGGGGAGCAAAUGCCAGCGUUACUCAAGAGGAUGUGAGAAUUUAUAAUGGCAUCCGAGAUGUUUCAAAAUGGAGUGAAAAGGUAAAGAAACCACUGGAAGAGAUGUAUGGACAUAAGUACUUUGCAAAAACCUGUGAGGCUUGGGUAGAUGGAAUAUCUCGCUUUGCUGAAAAAUCAGAUGGUAAUAUCUGCCAACAGUUGCUGCCAGAUAUUAAAUGUCCCACAUUUAUAAUUCAUGGUGAGAAAGAUGCUUUGGUUCCACAAGCUCAUGCAGAAUACAUUCAUAAGCACAUCAAAGGCUCCCGGUUGCUUCUGAUGCCAGAAGGAAAGCAUAAUCUACACCUGCGUUUUGCAGAGGACUUCAACAGACAAGUGGAAGAUUUCCUACACUGACUUAAACUUUAAAACAAGUUAGAGGUGUUUGUCCUCGCCUUGUUUAGGAAUUUUAGUUGGCUUUCCAUUGUCAUUCAAGUUAUAGGUAGGUUUGAGUCCUGUAAGAAAAACCAUGAAAGAUAUUUGCAUGAGAAGCAUACGCUUUGAGAAUAUGUAAGCCCCAGUGGAUCAGAGCACACCAGUGUGCUGCAAGGCUUCUAACAUGUCUUUAAACUUACUUCUUGCCACAUGGGCCAAAUAGCUAUUCUGUGUCCAAUAGAGUUAAGAAAGACAGAAAACAUGAUCUAGAAUACAUGCCUUUAUGUGCUCUUAACAUUAAAGGACAAAAA